AUCCCUCUUAGACGUAGCGUGCAGACUCUGAAGCAUUUGCAAGCACUCAUGCACACGUAAACACUCGGUGUUCUCAUACUAGCAGUGCUGUUGUUUGGUGCUCGGUGGGUGACGACCAUCAUUAACAAUAUCAGAGCGGCACGAACGGGCCGUGUGUGUUCCCCGGAAUUCAUUUCUCGGUACAGUGUGUCAGUCAUUCUGCAAGCGGCGUAGCGCAUGUGACCUGAGUGUUGGUGCUGAUGUUAUGACGUCAACGAGGUCAACGGAACACAGCGGAGGGUCAGGACAGUGAAGAUGGCACUCAUAAUGUGGCCCCGCAACGUGGACAGUGGCCAACUCACAGCUGAUCCGCUAAUAAAGAUGGAAAGAGACAGAAUGAGUUCCCCAACUGCUAGAGGUACGUUCGCUGAAGCCCUGGCCGCCAUCACUACACGGAGAGACGGCGCCGUGAACGGGUGCGAGCGAGACGACGUAGUGAGCGACUGCGGCAGCGACGGCGCCCACGACCACGCCCUCGACGACUCCAUGGACGGCACGCCGCCCUCAUCCGAGAUCCACCCGCCGCCCAACCGGCCGCGCUCGCCCACGCCCGUCGGUCUCCAGGGGCACGCCCAGAUGCAGCUUGUUCCCACGCCUCGGCACUUCCAUCCCGUUAUCAAUCUGGCAAGGGACCUGACCAGCCGCUCCAGCAACGGGGGCGGCGGCCGCACGCCCACCCCGUCACCGCCUCCCAUGGUCGUCCCCCCUCAUGUACCGCCGCCCCAUCCUUCACCCUCGCCCACGCCCACAUCCGCCGCCCACACGCCCAUCAGCAGCGCAUCGUCCCCCACCUCGGCGCCCGGGCCCGCCCACUCCGUGCAGGCCGCCCUCGCUGCCCUGCAGGCCGGCUCGCUCUCCCUCAACCAGCUGGUGGCCCUGGGAGCUCAGGGGCCAGGGAUCCUCAUGCAGAACCAGCUGGCGGCGGCGGCAGCGGCGGCCAACCAGCUGCCAGUGUCGUCUCCUCUGCCCAGCCUCGGCUCUCUCAACCCACAGGAGCUUCAGGCUUUGCAGCAAACUCUGUCCCAGCAACAACAGCAGAUUCAGCAACAGCUUCAGCAGUUUAUGCUGUUCUCCCAGUCAGGUGCAGCAUCUCAGUUGCCUCCUCAGGCUCAGCUGUUCCUUCAGAGCCAGCAACUGCAGUAUUUACAAAACCUCCUGCAGCAGGGUCUGCUGGCCUCUCCCGGCCUAGCGGGGCUGCAGGGUCUCCAACCACCCGUCUCGCAAGCGCCCUCCCAGACCGCGCAAGUGCGCAACGUACAGCAUGCCGUGGCCCAGGCCGCCCAGCAGUUGCAACAGCUGCAGAAGGCCCACCAGCAACACCAACAACAGCAGCACCAACAGCAGCCCCCACAACAGCAGCAUGUCCCUCGCGAUGUUCGCGACCUUCGUGAUUUACGAGAUAUCAGGGAUAUGCGGGACCUGCGGGACCUGCGGGAGCUCCGGGAUAUGCGGGAGCCCCCUCUACGGCCCCCUCCCCUGGAGCCUCCCCACGUCUCUGGCUCCCCCAUGGCGCCCCACCUCACCCCGCACGGCCACAUGCCACGCCCUCCUGUCUUACCUCACUCCCCGCCUCCCCCCCGACACUGGGAGCCGCCCCCGGAGGAGCCCACGGACCUCGAGGAGCUGGAGCAGUUCGCCAAGACGUUCAAGCAGCGGCGCAUCAAGCUGGGCUUCACACAGGGCGACGUGGGCCUCGCCAUGGGCAAGCUCUACGGCAACGACUUCUCCCAAACCACCAUCAGCCGCUUCGAGGCUCUCAACCUCUCCUUCAAGAACAUGUGCAAGCUGAAGCCGCUGCUGCAGAAGUGGCUGGAGGACGCGGACAAGACGGUGACGGACCCCACCACCCUGAGCAACCCCCUCACCUCGCCCGAUAACGUGGGCCGCCGCCGGAAGAAGCGGACCUCGAUCGAGACGAGCGUGAGAGUGGCGCUCGAGCGGGCCUUCCUCCAGAACCCCAAGCCGACCUCGGAGGAAAUUGCCAUGCUGGCUGACAACCUCUCCAUGGAGAAGGAGGUUGUCAGGGUCUGGUUCUGUAACAGACGCCAGAAAGAGAAGCGAAUAAACCCUCCCACGAGUGGCAUGGUGAGCCCGCCGCUGAGUCUCAGCAACACCUCGGUGUUCAGCACUGUACCCAUCUCCUCUGCCCUCACCCUUACCAGCCUGGGACAGCCCCCCCUCUCCCCCGUGGGCCCCUUGCCGUCUCCCUUGUCUCUGGUCACUCACAGCUACCCUCCAGCAUCGCCACCAGAGUCUGCUUCCACAAAGUCAGAGUAGGUGGGUGCCCGGGCUCCUUGCGAGGCUCUGAGGCCUCCCAGGGCAGCCCCCUGGCACCUACUCUCCCCUGCCACGCCCCGCCCCUCUCGUGCAAUGCCUCACCCCUUGGGAGGCGGGGACCUGUGGCUCUACGGGGCACCCCAGGAGUAGCACCAGGAAAAGCAACAUUGCCGCCCUCCCUCGCGGGGGGAACCAGCGCCACGAAGACGCUGCGUCGAGAAACGGAAUUUUGAGCUCCAGGAGGAGGAUCCUGUGUCAUUGUUGUUAGUGUGUAUGUGUGAUGGUGGUAGCCUGGCUGCCACGGACUCACACGGGUCUUGCAAGCCUCACCUAGCCAUGGCUGCCAGUAACAGGCGUGAUCAUAUCAGUGUGGCAAGGAGGCGGCCUCGGCGGACCGCGCGGAACAUGGGACAUUCGCCGCCGCGCCCAAGUGCCACUCGGUCGCAGACCAGGGCAGAGCCUAGACAUUGCCCCACAGGGCGCCCGCCGUUACGGCAAGUGUAGUGCGAGAACUGACUCUAGAAGGACAGUGAGUAGGCGCAAGGGUGCAGCGGGCUCUCGGAGGCGCGAGUGCAUUGUGUUCAGCGGCAGCGUGGCGCGCGGUCGGGCCAGGGCGCUCCCCACGCAGAACCUAACCCUCGGGCGGCGGCGAGGUGCCCCACUCUCGCUCUGUCUCGCUCUUAAGGUCUUAAUCUGUCAGCUGUGUCGUUAACAAAGUCUAACUAUGUCAAGAAAACGAGGAAAAAGAGAUUCUAUUACUUUUGAAGUGAAACUCCGGACGGCAAGACAGUGGGGGGCCCAGCCGUGGCCUCGAACGUGAAUCUUGGCAGUAGUUUGUAAGAGGAACGGGGUACACCGGGAAAGUGUUUUUAUGUGUAGUGGUUAGAUAGAUGAAUGAUUUCUGUAUUAUCAUUGGAAUACUGUCUAUGUGGCUUAUUUUAUCUAUGAGUACUAGUGUAACAUUCUAGUAAUGUCUACUUAAACAAUCUUGCCUAAUUCGAAAUGAAAGUUCCUGCAUAUAAAAUGAAGUACGUAACUUUUAAGAUACCUCAGCCAAACAGUGGUGUUUGUGGGGCGGUCGGGCGCGGUGAGGCUGGCCGAUUCCUAGCUGCAUUUUUACUGUUGUAGCCUCAGAGCGCGAGGUCCCAGCGCCGCCCCGCCCGCCCGCGCCCACGUGUGUUCUCUACUCCAACGUUGUGAUUGUGUAGUCAUGGAGUAUACUUCCCGUGGAUCCAUUAUGUUAGAUUCUUAAGGGCUUAGUGUAUCAGCAUCGCCCCGCCCCGCCCCCCCCCACCCCACCCCUAGGUCCCAGUCCCCUAAAGCCCCAACCCCUUACCCUAGCUCCUCCCCUUCCUAGCCCCCACAUCCCCCCACCUCCCCUCCCGACCCGCCCUCCUCUACGAGAGAUUACACGAACAGCGCGUGCUUGACCCGAGGGCCGGCGCGACCGUCUCCUUCACCCACACGCUCUCUCUCUUUCUCUCUCUGCGGCGCCCCAUCUCGCCCCACGUCAGAACCAGGGGGAAGGGGAGGGAGGGACGGGGGUCAUGCAAAGCCCCCUUCUCCUCCAUCUCACCCCCACCUCAUGUGGUCCCCCUCCCCCGCCUCCUUUUGUGAGUCUCUGCUUGUCUUCCAAAAGACUAAUAGACAAUUAAGAAAAAAAUAAUAAUUCCCAGUUAUCAUCGCGACCUUCUGUGCGUCCAUCGCCUGCUCGUUGUGGGCGUUAAGGUCCAGUUUAGUGCGGAGAAAAGGAACACAAUGGUUCCUACAGAUGAGUCCCUUUCCUAUGACUGAUUCCCUUCCCGCAACUCUUUAAUUUAUUAUUGUUAGUGUUAUUUCAGUUCAGUGCGAAAAAACGUGGUAAUCGCAGCCCCGUCCUUUCCCACUCCUCCCGCACUUCCUCCCGCACGCUGACCACGCCCCUCUGGCCCACCCGGGACGUUGCCUUGGCCCCCCUACCCUUCUGGGUUAAGGGGGGAAAGGUGUCACUCUUAGGACACUUCCAUUCUUUUCUCCCCAUGCCCGCCCGCUAUCCAUCCCCUCCCCCUCCCUACCCAUCCCCCUCCCUGCCCACGGGUGCUGACUCAACGGUGCGCAUGCGCGAAUAACUACCGUUCUUACCGUAGCUUUUGCCGACAUUUUCCUCUCCCUUGUGUGUCCGUGACGAAGUGCAAAAGCCGUCACUUCCCCUGUCUCCGUCAGUGUUUGGUCGCUCGAACAGUUAGGAAACUAUAUUUUCCAAGUCGAAGAUUACUAAUGAUUAAAAAAUAAGAUUUUGCUGUGCAGUAUACAAAACAAACAAACAAAAAACAAUGAUAGUAAUAACGAAGAUUGUGUGUGUAUCCCUUUUAAUUGCCAUGUCUUAAUCAAGCCUUCCGCACAGUGACUGCCCCCCAGUCGUCGCAACUCAGGAGCAUUAUCUUAUAGUAUAAAACAUUGGGGGGUGACCACUGUCGCCGCGGCUGCAAAAAAGCUCGUGAUUGGUGGAGAGCAGACUCGCGUUGGGUGUGGGUUUUGAUUGUGAUUGGUCGAUCCAGACGGUAGGGAUUCAUUCACUCGAACCGUAAGAAAUUAUAUGUUUAAAGAUAAAUAUAUGGAUAGAUAAAUAGAUGCACGAAAAAGUGAGAUGUAAAGAUUUAAAGUAAAUUGGUCACUUUCACAGUGUGGGAGAGAGAGUUGCCGUUUUGUGUUAUAUUUGGAGAUUUAACCCCCUCCCUCCUUUCUCCCUUACCCCUCCCCUUCCCUAACACCCUCCCUUCUCCCUCCCUCUCUUGUAAUUGUUAUUUGUAAGGUUAACUUGUAGAUCCACGAAACGCUAAACGAGGUAUGGGUGUGGCCAUCCACAACGUUAAAGAGAAAAUUAAUAAUAAAAUAAACAUGGGUACGUUCUUGGUGAAAGGCUCGUUGUAGAAGCGGACGAGCGAGAGAGAAAGAGAAAGAGAGACACGGAAGGAAUUUCAGGAGACGAAUACCGAGAUGGACAGAGAGAAGAAGAGACAAAGAGAAAGGCGAGAUUGUGAGGCUCAGCACGCCGUCAGCUGGGACACAGGCUCCCUCGCCGGCGUCUCCGUCUCGCGUCGAUGGAAGACAAACUUAACCCGGUUGUAACACGUGGCAAAAAGAAAGCUGCUGGUGAAUUCCUGUUUUCUUAUUGUUGUUGUGAAUCAUAAUUUAAUAAUAAUUAUUAAUAAUAAAAAAACUGAAAGUUUCUGGUGAACUUUUUCUUUAUGUUGUUGUAAAGUAUAGUGAUCAAAGUUUCUGUUUCUUUUGUUUCCCUCCUUUAUUUUUCUUUUUUUCUUAUUGUAUAAAUUCCUGAAAAAUUGUUUCGAAAAAAAUCUUUGUUGUAAGACUAAAAUGUUCAGUGUUAUUUUCUUUUUUCUUUUUUAUAAUGUAAGUCGCGAUUAUCGAAGGCUAGAUGGGCAUUAUUCUUGGUCGCCGCUUAAGUAUAGAUCAGUCCCCUUUGCGCUCGAAAAUGCGUGCGCACCCGCAAGCGCGCAUCUCAGAUAUUUUGGCCGACAUUCCACAGGACUCAAAGAAAGAAGUGGUAAAUACAUAAAUAAAAAGGCAGUCUACAAGAAUAGGAAAAUAUGUUACUGCAUCAGCACAAACCUCGCCCCUCUCCUUCCAGGUCUCGAACUCAGACUUGCGUCGGAGGCGCUGACGAACAAGACUGACCCGGUGAACAAUGCCGUUGUCUAAUGGUCUCUCCAUUUCCUUCAGGCCAUGCAGCAUAGGAGGGGGGAACUGGGGUGGGUGAAUUGUCAACAUUUCCUUGCUUCCAUUUUCCCGCCAUUUUCAUGUUUUCCUCUUCAGUUCCCAGUUUCAUCCGGUGCACGUGUUCUGCUCACUUCACUGAUAGAAUCAUCGCGUGUUCUCCGAAUCAUUUCACCCUUAGCAGUCACUCUGAUUUCGAGACUUCAUCCAACUUUCCCCCUCCCCCCCCCCCCCUUCACGCAGACACAGCCCCAUCCCUUAUCCAUCCCGCCCAAAUCCGCGAACCCCCCUCCCCCCCCAUUUCCAACCCUCUCUGACCACUUACCGAAGAGAAUUGAAAAGAAAACCAUGGAUGAAAUAACCACGUUAGGUGAGGCAUCCAGCUGUUGUGCUGAAGAGGACCUCUCGGGUAGCCCCAAGAGUGAUGCAGGAGUUCGAGUCAUGUGAUACACUGCCCACAAGAGGUCGCUCCGAUCCCAUAGGAUGUAUUCAAACUGCGUGUAGAGUUUAUUUCUUUUCUUCUCCUUUUUUAUAUAUAUAAACUCCCCUACUCGUCCACCCCUAAAAUCAUUUCCAUAUUUGUUUGUUUGUUUGAUAUCGCUCAUGUUCUGUAUGCUCCCGUUUUCUAAACACUCGUUGAACCAUGAAAACUCGAUUCGCGGAGUCGUUUGAUGUUUCGAAGCCUCAUCGUCAUUUUUGUGUAA